CCUUCUUCCCCAAACUCACACCUCCAAAAUACCCCUUUGUCGUCUCAUAUGGAGUAUAUAUAUAUAUAUAGGCCCACGCCCGAAGUUCUCCUACUCUCUACUCACGUUUAUCUUACACUCAAUCAAAAGAUCUACUCCUAGUAUCAUACCAGUAAUCCUACGUCCUCAUGACCUCCAAAACUAUGGGUGAAAUUCAAGAGGACCUUUCUGCUUGCCCAACUUUCAGCAGCUAUUCGUCGGAUAGGUUAGCUGAUAUCGCUGCUCGAGUCACCGAUGAGUUCAAGAGACAGUCUGAUCUCACACAAGAGAAUUUGAGCGUCCUCCGUGAGGAUGACGACGACGACGGCGGUGAAGAUGAUUUCGAGUUCUCUUUGGUGCGUGAUUCUGAUGACGAGCCCGAAGUGUUUUAUGACGGUCAAACUCGGCCGAUUUUCCCCAUUUUCGACCGCCAUCUCUUGGGGAAUGACGGUGAUACUGAUGCCAAGCAAUCGUCGUCUGAUGCGGUUGAGACUGAAAUUCGAAUCCCGCUCAGGAGUUUGUUCAUUCAAGACAGGGAAGAAUGCGAGCCUCCGUCGUCGUCGUCUUCUUCGGAAGCCGACGAGAUGGACAGAAUACCGCCCGGAAGCUACUGUGUUUGGAGGCCUAAAAUAGUCGAAUCGUCGCCGAGUUGGGGUAAGAAGAAGAGCCACUCAACUGGAUCCGAGUCCAAGAGGUGGAAGCUUCUGGAUUUGCUCCGGCGAAGCAAUAGCGAUGGCAAGGACGGUUUUGUCUUUUUGACUCCCAGACAUAACAGAGAAACAACGAAGAUCGACAAAGCUCAACAUCCUAAAGCAAAACAAACUUCCGCAGCCGCCGCCCAAGCUGCUAAGGCGGGGAAGAAAUCGAAGGCGAAAGGCGGAGUGGCAUCGCCGUCGGCUCACGAGGCGUUUUAUGUACGAAACAGAGCGAUUAAACAAGGUGACAAGAAGAAAUCAUAUUUGCCCUACCGCCGAGACCUCGUGGGGUUCUUUGCCAAUGUCAACGCUGUAGGCCGGACGUUGCCGACCUUCUAGUUCUAGAGGACUGCCUUGGUUAAUUGAAUAAUAGUAGGAGUAAUUAAUUUUCUGAGUGGUUUAUGUUCCGUCAACAAUUCAAAACUCCAUUCCACGCAGAUAUUCUUUAAUUAUCAUUUGUUCUGUGUAUAUUGCCCAUUAGUAAAGCUAGUACAUAGUAACUUUUGCCUAUUA